AUGGCCAAUGUGUUGGUUUGCCGUGGCGCAGGUAUAGCUGCGCGGGACGCGAGCCACCUGUACGAUGUGCUAGGUAAGAUAGGUCGUGAGGCUUGGGAUGUUCAAUAUGUGGACGAAGCAACUCUUGCUUCUGCGCCUUGGAUUGCCUCGACGCGCCUACUUGUAGUGCCGGCCGUGGACAGCGAGGUGUGGGCAUCGGCUUGGCGCACACCGUCACCGCAGGGUUCGUCGCCCCUGGCUCGUAUCCAGCACUAUGUGCAGGAAGGUGGUAUCCUCUGGAUAUGUGGCGCGGACACAGCGUUGAGGGAAGAGGUAUGCGCGGGAUCCUCCUCAUCGCGCCGUACGUUAGGACAGACCGCCGACGGUGUGGAUAUACUCGCAUGGCAGGUGAAGAACGGGCAUGUGAUGGUGGCGCCAAGUGCCAUCGAAGUACAGCGUGUACGUACCUGGCUGGCUGCGCUACCGAUGCAGCUCCCUUCCAUGCCCGAAGGCGUGCCGACUGUCACGCCGAUGCUUGUUGCGUCGACGAGCGCACCGCUUCUUGAGGCUUGGCGAACGUCGCUUCAGGCCUCUGCACAUCCGUCCACAACAGAUACGCCGCUGGUGGUACAUGAUACAAAGUACACCCUUGCCGUGUAUACCCCAUCGUCUCUGGAUCACGUCCAAACAUGGCUGUCAUCGCUGCCGCCCAAGGACAACCAUACCGAUUUCUUGGUGGUACCUGUAAGGCUUUUGGAGGAUGCUUCGCAGUAUGCACCUGCGUUUGUAUUUCCGACCUACUACGAUGCGUUGCAACGCGCUCGUGGUCUCUCCAGCGCGUUGCCAUGGCCUUCGCCGCGUUCGUUUACAACGCGCAUUGGCGACGUGGUAGCGUACGGCCGUGUGGUGGACAGUACACAGACACUGCUGGAAUCCAAUCAUGCCCUUCUGCAGGCGUGUCGCGAGGGUACUACUUUUAUCGCGACGCAGCAAGUGCAAGGUCGUGGACGUGGGGGCAACGUAUGGAUUUCGCCGCAAGGCUGCCUGCAAUUCUCGACGGUGGUGCGUCUGCCCAUGCACAUUGGCUCCAAAGCUGUGUUUUUGCAGUACUUAGCCGCCCUGGCCAUUGUGUACGGUCUUAGCGAGGCGUACCCAGCCGUUCGUGGCCGGGUUCGCAUCAAGUGGCCGAACGAUGUGUACGCGCAAGUCGACACGCCGCAGCGUGGCUCGAUGGAUGUACAGGAAGACGGGCAGGUGAAACACUUUGUCAAGAUGGGCGGUAUCCUUGUGACAGCUGUCUGUCUAGGCGACACGUUCCAUGCCAUUGUCGGAUGCGGUGUCAACUGCCUGAACGACCAGCCCACCACGAGUGUUCAUGCCUUGGCCGGUACGGAUACGGUGACCCAAGAAGCAUGUGCCGGUGCCAUUGUUGGGGCGCUGGAAUCGGCCUUGCGUACAUUUAUCGAUGCCUCGUACUCCUUUGCGCCGUUUGCCGAUGCCUACCGCGCUGCCUGGCUGCAUUCGGAUCAGGUGAUUCGUUUGGCGAGUCAUGGCACAGAGCCGAUGCGUAUCGUGGGCAUUACGAGUCAUACCGGCUUGCUGCGCACUGUGCCUACUUCGUCCUGGAUCCGUUCACGCGACGAGGCGGCCUGGCAUGGCGCACAUGUCGCUGGCGCUGUGGAUGUGCAGCCGGAUGGCAACUCGUUCGACAUGCUGGCUGGGCUCGUCCAGCCCAAAUCUCAUCCCUAG